CAGAAGCGAGCCGAGCCGGCGGAGACAGCCCCGAGCACCGGCGACAACCGGCGGAGCACAGAAGAGACCCGGCGGAACCCGGCGGACAUCGUCCAGCUCACCGUGACACUAAACGAGAAGUCCAGCCGUAAUAACUCCGUGCGUGUUUUACGGUAACCGAAGGGGCGGAGCUGAACUCACACCCGGAAGUUUACAUUCACACGUGCGCUCUGUGUGUGUGUGUGUGUGUGAGGGUGUGUGUGUGUUGAACGCACACCGAGCAUCAUCAUGUCAUCGAGCAAAGGAAAAGGCAGAGGGAAGAAGAGACCGAGUGAAGGAGAAGGAGAGCGGUCGCUCAGCGAGGAGCCGGACUCCAGCGGGGCUCUGACCGUCACGGACUUCACAGACAGAGCUGAAGAUAAAGCCCCUCAGCGAUGGCGGUCAUAUCUGGCUCAGAUGAGUGUGAACACCAUGAAGACUCUGAACAUCUGCAUCGGACGACCUGUCCUGAUCACCAGCAGCACACGACAGCAGCAGGUGUGUGUGGCGUGGCCGGCGGCUCAGUUUCCCAGCAGGCGUGUGGGUCUUCAGUUCAGUGUUCAGUCCGGUCUGAGGGUGAGGUCAGGGUCAGUGGUCAGUCUGCAGCCGAUCACCGGAGCCGUUCUUCAGGCCGAACACCUGCAGCUGACCCUCAGUCCUGAAGACAAACUGCUGAAUACGGAGGAGUUCAGGAACUAUCUUCUGCGGACGCUGGACGGCCGGGUUCUUCUUCCGGGCGGCUCGGUGUGCGUCUCGUAUUUCGGGCGUCAGUGUGUUCUGGCCGUGGAUUCGGUGACGGGCGUCGACGGUCAGACUCUGAGACGCUCGGACACGGUCUCUGUCGAUCUCGCCUCGCGACUGGAGGAGCUGUCCAUCCAGCAGAGCACACCUGAGCGACCACAUGACCCCUCACCUCUGACCCCGGGUCGGUCACAUGACCCCUCAACCCCGACCCCGGGUCGAUCACAUGACCCCUCAACCCCGACCCCGGGUCGAUCACAUCAAACAUGACCCCUCACCUCUGACCCGGGUCGAUCACACGACCCCUCACCCCUGACCCCGUGUGAGGUGUCCUUCACAGACGCUUCUCUGUUGGAGGGGUCUGGACGCUCGUCCACGGACACCUUCUACUGUGUUUCUAGUUCUUCUACGCUGAGUCUAUGUGACCCCAGCGAGCCGGAGGAGGUAGAGGAGGGGUCAAAGGUCACGUACAGUAUGAUCGGCGGCCUCAGCGGUCAGCUGCAGGUCAUCCGGGAGACCAUCGAGCUGCCGCUCAAACACCCGGAGCUCUUCAGGAACUAUGGGAUCCCGCCCCCUCGAGGGCUGCUGCUGUAUGGGCCGCCCGGCACGGGGAAGACCAUGAUUGGACGAGCCGUAGCCAAUGAAGUGGGAGCUCACAUGAGCGUCAUCAACGGCCCCGAGAUCAUGAGCAAGUUUUAUGGAGAAACUGAAGCAAGAUUAAGACAGAUUUUCACACAGGCCUCACAGAGGCAGCCUGCCAUCAUCUUCAUCGAUGAGUUAGACGCUCUGUGUCCGAGGAGAGAAGGAGCUCAGAACGAGGUGGAGAAGCGUGUGGUGGCGUCGCUGCUGACUCUGAUGGACGGGAUCGGAUCGGAGGGUCACAGCGGUCAGCUGCUGGUUCUGGGAGCCACUAAUCGUCCUCAUGCUCUGGACCCGGCUCUGAGACGACCCGGCCGCUUCGAUAAGGAGCUGGAGAUCGGCGCAGACGGCCGCCUUGAGAUCCUGCAGAAGCAGCUGCGCUCCGUGCCGUGUUCGGUCAGCGCCGAUGACCAGCGGGAGAUCGCCGACGCAGCACACGGAUACGUGGGAGCUGACCUCACCGCCGUCUGCAAAGAAGCUGGUCUUCACGCACUGAGGAGGGUUUUAGGAUCCGAACCCGCUCUCUCUGAUAGGGAGGUGAUGAACAGCGUAAAGGUCACGACCUCUGACCUGAGGCUGGCCAUGACCGAGGUCAAACCCAGCGCAAUGAGAGAAGUGGCCAUCGACGUGCCCAAGGUUCGGUGGAGUGACAUCGGUGGGAUGGAGGAGGUGAAGCUGGCCCUGAAGCAGGCGGUCGAGUGGCCCCUGCGGCACCCAGAGGCCUUCCUCAGGCUGGGGAUAACGCCACCUAAAGGUGUGCUGCUGUACGGACCCCCGGGAUGCUCCAAAACCAUGAUCGCUAAAGCACUAGCCAACGAGAGCCAGCUCAACUUCCUGUCUAUCAAGGGUCCGGAGCUGCUGAGUAAAUACGUGGGAGAAUCCGAGCGAGCGCUCCGAGAGGUUUUCCGGAAGGCUAGAACAGUGGCUCCAUCUAUCGUUUUCUUCGAUGAGAUCGACGCUUUAGCAGCUGCGCGAGGAAGCUCUGGUCAGUCGGGCGGCGUCGCUGACCGAGUGCUGGCUCAGCUGCUGACCGAGAUGGACGGAAUCGAGCAGCUUAAAGACGUCACGGUUCUCGCCGCAACCAACCGACCUGAUAUGAUUGACAAGGCUCUGAUGCGUCCCGGCCGUCUGGACCGUGUUAUUUUCGUGCCGCUGCCAGACGCAGACACCCGCAGGGAGAUCUUCACGCUGCAGUUCAGGAGCAUGCCCAUCCAUCCCAGCGUGCACCUGGAGGACCUGGUGACCCGGACGGAGCAGUACUCCGGGGCAGAGAUCACGGCCGUGUGCAGAGAAGCGGCUCUACAGGCGCUGCAGGAGAACAUCUCGGCUGAACACGUGAGCGCCGGACACUUCUCCAGCGCGCUGACCGCCGUCAGACCCCGCGUCCCUCACACACUCCUGAAGAUCUACAGCAGCUACCAGCAGAACCUGACACACACUCAGUAAACACUGCGGACCUGUGUGUGUGUGUGUGUGUGUCUGGUCUCAGAGGCGUUUGAGAUCCAUAAAGCUUUUAUUUGAUGACGGAGCAGUGUUUUAUGGUUUGUUCUGUAAAGCGUCUGGCGGUCAGUGACCUGCUCUUCUCUUUCAGGAAGACCCAGUCGUUUAUUUGAGGCAUGACUUGUCACAGGAGAACAUUAAACCCCACGAAUAAACGCUGCAUCCCCGUAGAGGAGAACGAUUGCUUUCAUUUACUUGAACCCAGAACCUAAAACACCCCUAAACAAAACCUGACGUCGAUUAUUUUUUGACUUUUUGUAACAGCAUUUUCAGAUUAGCAUCAAAACGGUGAAAUAAAGUGAGGAUUUCUAAAACUGUGUGAAAGCUGACAAAAAUGAGAAAUGAUAACUGAAAUAUUACUAAAACAUGCUAAAUUUAAAUAAAAAUUAAUGGCAAUUGAAA